AUGUCUCAGAGACAAGCAGACCCCAAGAAACGCAUCUCUUGCAAGAGAUGUCAAGACCGCAAGAUCAAGUGCUCGCGAACCUCUCCGUGCCAACGCUGCACAGCUGCGGGCGUCCGAUGCGAAUUCCGAGGCGAUGGGAUGAAGCGUGCACCCAUAUCCCGAGAAUACGUGACGGCGUUAGAAAGCAGGAUAGGGGCAUUGGAGAGCUUUUUGUCUGAUCUCAAGGCUGCGCCAAGUUGUCAACAGGAGCGGAUGAUCAACGUCAUCGAGUUUGGCGGGCAACUGCAAACAACUUCAGCAUGGUCGGGAAUGGAAUUUUUUGAUUCCCAGAGCCCAGAUGCGAGUUACCACAGCGGGCUAACGACUCGCCUGGAUGAUGAAGCGAUGAUCUAUCCUGGGCCGAGCAGUCUUUACAGCUCAAUGCUUCUGAAGUCCGCAGGUCAAGCGCCUUCCAUGUCCCAAGCACCUCCAAUCUCGUCGACUUUCGUUGAUGUUAAUAACAACUUCCCUCGGCAUAUCGUAAAUGAAUGUCUGGCACUCUUCUUCCGCUGGCAAUACCUUCACUCCAUGUUGAUUGAUCGCGAUGAGUUCUUUCUCGAUUACUCGAAUACUUCGUAUACUGGAAAACACAUUUCAACGGCUUUGGAACAUUCGAUUUGCGCACUCGGUGCUUUGAUGUCUUCGGACAUGAGGAUCAGAGGGCUUGCAGACAGUUUUUCUGCACAAGCUACUAGAAUCCUGGAAUUAGAAAGUUUACUAAAUCCGAAAGAGACCUCAAUCCAGGCUUUGAUACUUUGCUCACUCUACCAAAUCGGCAAGUGUGAAUUUUCCAAGGCACGGAUGCUAUCAGGUAUUGCAUUUCGUAUGUCUGAAGAUAUCACAGAGUGUGACCAGUCUCAAAGAUAUCUCGAUCGACAACCGAGUACGCAGCGAGAAGUCGAUUCUCGGCGGCGUACAGUGAUCAGUCUACUUUUGGGGAGGCCGGCUGUAGUAGCUGAGAAUGCCUCACCCCUAUGUCAGAGUGAAGCCGGAGACCCUUCCCCCAUCUCGAACAAUUUGCUGGAGCAGUGUGACCGAUAUAGUCUGCCAGAACCAGAGAUAUCACCGAAUCUAUCUACAGUAUCUAAAAGACACGCCGAACUCUGUCAUAUCAUAAACGACAUUCUCGAAACAUAUUCCUCAAGCCGAAAACCGACAAGGCAGCAGACAUCCCAGCGUUGGAUUGAGGUCAUUGUCAAUGAGCUCAACGCAAGGCUCUGGAAGUGGCUUAAUUCGCUGCCGGCGAGCUUUCGGUGGAAUCGAUGGGGGUCUAGUUUCAACACUGUUCAUCCUAGUAUUGCAGCACUUCAUAUGCUCUACAACACUGCCCACAUCUCCUUGAACCUCCCAUUUCUCACUUCCGAAAAAAGCGAAACAUUGCCAACCUCACCUGCAAAACUGAUCGCAGACGCCAUCCAUAUCUGCAGAAUAUCAAUCGACACCAUAAUUUCCAUUCUCCGACGCUUUAGAUCCCAACAUAGUCUGAAAAACGCGCCGCUGGAAUUUGUCCACGGCGCUAUUACCGCUGCUGACGCAGCAAUUGCUACUGCUGCCUUUGAUACUAGCGCGGGUCCCUUGUCUCAAAAUGCAAAUUUGCGAGUAUUGGACGAAGCACUUCUAGAUUUGUCAUACUCUUGGAAGAUCGCUGGUGAUGCAAGGGCUGGGUUGUGGCAAGUGUUUGCGGAGCGAGGAGUGUCGGAAAGGUCCGCUAUAUCGAGCCCUUCUCUGGGCUAUAUGGAGCAGGAGAGCCCUGUAUCUUCGGCACCUGGGUCUGUUUAUGACUAUGCUGCAUCAUCUGUGACGAGUGGGCACAUCUUGGAGGGCUCGGAACCCAAUGCCCCAAACAUAUUUUCUUUCGAGCCUGUUGAUGCGACGAAUCUGUACGCGUGGGAUCAGAAUCUUUUAGCUGGAGACGUUACAAAGCUUGCUGGUGGCUGCUUGCGGAGCAAUAAGGUCGCACUUUUUGGAGAUGCAGUCGAUGAAGGUAUUCUGAUGUCACUGGGAUCGAAUAAUUAUGAUACGUCUUUCGACUUGUGA